AUGGGUUCCAACGACGUCGGCGGCUGGAGACGGCUGAAUGUAGGUGUCAUUGGAGGAGGUAUCGGAGGCCUUUCUGUCGCCAUUGCACUGCGUCGGUCAGGUCACGACGUCACGAUUUACGAGAAACACGAUUUUGCGGGAGAAGUUGGCGCUUCAGUAUCAUGCGCGGCGAACGGAACGAGAUGGCUGCAUGAGUGGGGAGUCGAUGUAGCGAAAGGCGACCCAGUGGUCCUGAAAAAGCUCAUCAACCGGGAUUGGAAGACUGGCGAGCCUGUUAGUGUGUACGAUUUGGAUGAUUACGAGAAGAGGUGGGGAUAUGUUUACAACAUGUUCCAUCGUCAGUACAUGCAUUCUAUGCUCAAGGACUGCGCACUGCAAGAGGAGGGAGAGGGAACGCCAGCGAAGUUAUUAGUGAAUCAUUCUUGCCAAGAAAUUAACCUAGCAUCAGGCACCAUCACGUUCAAGAAUGGCGUCAAAGUCACCCACGACCUGAUCGUCGGCGCAGAUGGUAUCGGCUCGGUAGUCAGAGGUGUUCUUGGGAUUACACCAAGCAAGACGCCAUCCGAUCAGAGUUGCCUUCACGCAAACGUCAUGACUGAGAAAGCUGUUGCCUUAGGACUAGUAGACUACUCCCAGAACGAAGCUCUCGAGUACUGGGGUGGCCAGGAAGGAAAAUGGGACAAAAUUGUGCUAUCUCCUUGUAACGGCGGCAAGCUUCUGUCAUACUACUGCUUCUUCCCUCGCGAGAAGGGUGACUAUGUCAACCAGAGUUGGGGAAGUGAAGAUCGCCCAAUCGAGGAGCUCCUUGCUCCGUAUCCGGAGCUGGAUGCUCAGGUGAAGGCCCAUCUUGCUAUUGGUAUCGAGGUCCAGCCCUGGAGGCUGUGGAUGCACAAGCCAUACCCAUACCUCGCCAAGAAUAUGGUGUGUCUUUUGGGUGAUGCUGGCCAUCCUAUGAUGCCUCAUCAAAGUCAAGGAGCUUGCAUGGCAAUCGAAGAUGCCGGAGCGCUUGGUGUCCUUUUCAGCAAGAAGUAUUUCCGUGGAGACAUUGACGAGAGUCUCUCCGUCUACAACGCUAUCAGAUUACCACGUGUCACCCGGGUUCAAUCUGCCGCUGCUCGUGCUGCUUAUAACAUCAAUGAGCGAAUUGGGUUUUCGGCGAACAAAGAAAUUGCGACUUACAAAGUUGAGGAUGAGAAGGCGAAGCUUACAAUCGAAGAGAUGAAUGCGUAUGAUAUUCCGAUGGAUAUCGAGGAGCAGCUUGCGUUGAAGCGUGGUGAAGAGUUCCGUGCCAAGUUCAUUAAGGGUCUACCGAUCGGGCUAGAGUUGCCGAAUGGAAUUGUAAUUGGAAAGUAA